CGCUGAUGAGUCCACGCACUCGGAUAUUGUCGAACACGAGAACUUGGCGGCUCCCAAAGGUAAUUUUUACACGAUUGUCGCUAUAUUGACCUUUCACCUGCCAUCAGCGUUGACAUGAAAAGCAAUGAUUACAGACCUAAAUAUAUCGGACGUAGAGGUCUGUUCUUCAUCACUGUGGUCGUGGUGUGUGUGGGCUUGGGUGUUCUGUUCAGGGCGUCAUCGAACCAGCUGCUCGUAGAGGAGAUUCAGACAUCACAGAAUCUGGAAGAGUCCAUCGCAAAAAUGAAAAACAUGUCCGAUUCCCUGCUGACGUACGUCAAAGAGUGCAGCACUAUAAAGAGCGGAGACUCCAAACAGCUGAUGGAAUCGUUGAAGGAAACGUCGUUGAAAACGUUGAACGAUUUCCAGAUGAAAAUUAACGAAAUAAAAACGUACAGAGCCCCAGGUGUCGUGCAGCUUGAUGACGUGGACGACAGUGCAGCUCUAGCGUACCUCAAGGAUUUUAACGCUCGAUUUGGUGGCAACGCCCCGCUGACCGCUGACCCUGCUGACGUCACAACAAUCAAAACAUGGUGGGAGGCGGCGGCCAUGAUGGCCUCGUACAUGAACCCACCACCGAGAUACCAAUGUAAAAAUCUGGCCAAGAUUGGGAACUGGCCAGUUUGUCAGGAUGAGCCAUACGUGGUUAAAGCCCCUUGUAUUGUGUUUUCUUUUGGGAUCGAUAACGACUUCAGCUUUGAUGACGCUCUGGGCGCACUUGGCUGUAACGUCAGCUCAUUUGAUCCCAGCAUGAAAAAAGAGACCCACGUACGAAGCCCGCAAGUGACCUUCUACAACAUGGGGCUGGGGACCGUCAACACCAACGGGUUCACCCCCAACAGGGAUGCUUAUGUUCGUGAUGCUCAGACCUGGCAGAUUCGAACUCUGAAGGGUUUCACAAAACACCUGGGGCUAGAGAACCGUGUGAUAGACGUCCUGAAAUUUGACAUCGAAUCCUACGAGUGGCAAGUCUUAGAUAACAUCAUAGAGACGGACAUGUUAAAGUACGUGCGGCAUUUGUUUAUCGAGUACCACUUGUUUCCGUCUAGACCUGCUAAGGAGGACUAUGUCUUGUAUUACAAGCUGAUGAGACACAUCAGACGUCUGGGGUUCAAAGAGUACAAUUUUGAGACCUGCUGUAUACAUCUAGAGAGCAAGGAGAAGUUCAACUAUCAAAGUCACGUGAUGUACGUCAACACCAAAUUUGUGAAGAGUGACUAAG